AUGGAUUCGGACCGUUGUGAAGAUACCUCUAGUAUUCUUAAUUACGGUUUGGACGUUAAACCUAUGCGGUUGGUCGCGAGUCCACAUUCCGGACCCAGACACACCAUCGACAACAUUUUGGGGCUAGUCAGAAAGGGGGACGAGAUGAUGGAGCGAGCGCUGACCCCCGGGAAUGCUGAAAGUGCCGGCGAAGGAAGUUGCAAUUCCAACGAUGGCGUCUCAGAACUCCGUUACGGAAAGAUCGGAUCCGGCACCGGAGGAAGCGGGUCAGAAGACGAGGGAGUCGUCAAUAAUUCCGGGCAUACAGACAGCGACAACUGCAAGAAAAAACACAGGCGGAACAGAACCACGUUCACGACCUACCAGCUUCACGAGCUGGAAAGAGCUUUCGAGAAAAGCCACUAUCCUGACGUGUAUAGCAGGGAGGAACUUGCUAUGAAGGUGAAUUUGCCAGAAGUUCGAGUACAGGUGUGGUUCCAAAAUCGUCGUGCAAAAUGGCGUCGCCAAGAGAAAAUGGAAGCGGCUCGUUUGGGUCUCAGCGAAUACCACGCAGCAACUCUAUCCAGGGCUGCUGGAUCCAGCCUAUCUCUCCCCAUGGACCCCUGGUUAUCACCCCCACUCUUAUCAGCUCUCCCAGGAUUCCUCAGCCACCCCCAGACAGGCUACCCCAGUUACCUCACGUCGCCGCUACCAACAGAUCCAGGAAGACCUCCCAUGGCACACUCGCAUUCCAUUUCCCCCAACAGUACCCCCCCGGACCUGCGUAGCACCUCGAUAGCUGCCCUCCGCUUGAAAGCGAAGGAACACGUGGAAAAUAUCACGAAGGGACUUCAGAUGGUUUAAUCGUGUUUUACGUUUUGUGUGUGUGUUUGUAUAUAAAAAAAUGUGCAUUUUCCUGUAUAUA